GCUUAGGAAAAAAAAACUAUCAGUGUUGCUGAAGUGUCCGUGCAAAAUGUAGGAGAAAUUUAAUCUAUAAAUUAAAUGCAUUUUAAUUCCAGGUGUUUGGAUAUAUUGUCAGAAUUAACUUUUAAUAAAUGUUAGAGGUGAAUUAAACACACUUAUUGCACAUACAUUUUAUUGUAAAGGUCUAUUCUACAGGUAAAAAUGUAAAUGUAUAUUCGCCUCCAGUGUCAGUGACUUUGCUCUGGUAUGUUGGGAUCGAUCCACUAGAUUAAAAGCACAAUGCCGGUGAUGGCACGCUUUGAAACCCAAUCUAACAACAAAAAAAAAUGUCACGCAUUAACGUGCAAUUUUCGUGUUUGCCUUUUUGUUGGAUACCAAUGCGGACGCAUUUGCACAAAAUAGCUCCUCACUCUCUCACCUGCUCGGCUUGCCCUUCAACUUCAAACAUCCCAAACUAGCUGGAUUAUCAUAAAUCAGACAGCCUAACGCGCUCAAGUCAAAAAGCCAAGCGUCUCCUGAUCCCGAUUUCACUGCUUUAUGAUCAUUUACAGGAGCGGUUCCGAGGACUGGAGCAGACCUGAUCACAGCGCACGGGCUGUAAAUAGAUCACAUCGGACACUAAUUUGAUUUAGAGAUUCCUGCGUCUGGACCUUGAAUCUGACAAACAAAAGACAAUGAGUGUGAGACAUUUCCGUGGAAGAUUUGUUUUUAUAAAUCGGCUCCGGUACCUUGAUGGAGGACGUCCUCGAGCUUAAUGGGAGAUUUAUUGAUGAUUUUGUCGAUGAUUUGCACGUUCAGUCUCGGAGCAAAUGAAAGGAUCCACAAUGUUAACGAGGCUUUUCAGUGAUCCUUCGCUGCUUCCCGACGUACAAAAAUAUUCCGGCUGGGCCGAAGACAGCGACAGCGACAAGAUCAAAGAGGAGGAUCAGGACACCCAGGACGGCAUGGAGGUCUCUGGUCUAAGAGGAGGCAGUCGGACUCACUCAGAACACGAUGGGGAAGACGACGAGGACGACGAAGUGGAAGAAGAGGACGACGGAGAGGACACGGAGGGAGACAGGCCCAAGAAACGGGGCCCCAAAAAACGCAAAAUGACCCAGGCCAGGGUCGAGCGCUCCAAGAUGCGGCGGAUGAAAGCAAAUACUAGAGAACGCAAUCGCAUGCAUGACCUGAACUCUGCUCUGGACAAUCUGCGUAAAGUGGUGCCCUGCUACUCCAAAACACAAAAACUGUCCAAAAUUGAGACGUUACGAUUGGCCAAAAACUAUAUCUGGGCCCUGUCUGAGAUAUUACGCUCUGGGAAAAGGCCUGACCUUGUGUCCUACGUCCAGACGCUGUGCAAGGGUCUCUCCCAGCCUACAACCAACCUGGUGGCUGGAUGCCUCCAGCUGAACUCCCGCAACUUCCUCACUGAGCAGCAGUGCCAGGAGGGGGGCAGGUAUGGGUCAGGCUCCUUCUCCAUGCAUUCCUACCCUUACCAGUGCGCGCGUCUGUCUAGCCCCCACUGCCAACCGGGCUCGAACUCGCACCCGCUGAGGACACACGGCUAUUGCUCGGCUUACGACUCACUGUAUGGCGGGAGCGGAUCCCCGGAGUAUAACAGUCCCGAAUAUGAGGGGCCUCUCAGUCCGCCUCUGUGCAUCAAUGGCAACUUUUCCCUGAAGCAUCAAGGCUCUGCGUCCCCCGACAACGAGAAGGGGUACCACUAUUCUAUGCAUUACUCCGGUCUGCCUGGCUCCAGACCCGCUGGGGCCCACAACCUGGUGUUUGGCUCCUCGGGGACCCGGAGCGGUAUUCCUACUGAAAACGCCCUGCCUUACCACGACAUGCACAUACACCACGAACGGGCCCCCGUCUAUGAUGAACUGAACGCGUUUUUUCACAAUUAGACUACAAGCCUAUCGUGCGUCCCCUUGCAAUCAACAAUCUAUCCACGGCACACUUUUUGACAAGCUUACCCGCCAGGAUUUAGGCAUUCUGGAGGAAAUCCUCCACUUGUUGUCAUUAGUGUUGUUCUUUUAAUUUGUUCUGUCUUAAAACAUGUUUUUGCUAUAGUCAGAGAUGUAGUGGAAGGUAGUACACCUAACCUGCAAAGUGUUAUUUUGCGCAAUGUUUCUAUCUCUAAGCGGAAAUUUGACAAACAAAUCAAGACUAAUGAGGAAAAUGGAAUUUUAAAUUGUUCAUAAUUUUAAUCUGUGGUUUGUCUUUGUAUUGGUGGUUGUCUGUAUUUUCAUGGCUGGGAGUCAAAGUUUACGCACUAAUUUAUUCACCACUACAUCACUGGCUACAGCUCUACCCUGAUAUUUGCGAUGGUUUUCUAAUAAAAUACAUGAAUAACCGAGCAAAACGACAUCACAUUUGGAAAGAUGUGUUUGUAUGUUUGUUUGGGUUUUGGUUUUUUGGGUGGGUUUUUUUUAGAAAUAAUUAAAUCCAGACGAAAACAGAGGGAAAAAUCCUGAGAACUGUACUUGUUGGGUUGCUUUAGAAGAAUCUGUUCUACAGCAAAUCAAUCGUUUCUGCGUCUAUGCAAAAUCUAACGAGGCCACAGAGCGAGGCAAGUAGGCCCAGAAGGACACUGUAUGUUCAUCAGCACUGUUGCUGCACG